UUUAUUAUGAUACUGCUUCCUCAAAUCAUCAACGCGCAUGUUUGCACUUCCACACAGAGAAACAGGAAGUGGAGAGACAGGCAGUAAACAUGGGAACCGUGAUCAUCUCGCGUCAUUCAGGAGUUUGGCUGCGCGGUUGGAGUCACUUCAUCUGUGAAGGGGGGAUGAAUGAGGAGCAGCACCGUCAUCUGUGAGGAGUGGCUGUGAUCUAAGCAGGUCCAGUUCUGCCGGUCCAACUUGGUCCCUGGGCCGGUGUGAGUGAUGGCGGACCAUCUGCCUCCUGUUCUGCUGGAAGCCUGUGUGGUGGUAGGAGCAUCUAACGACAAACUCCGGGAGAUCUCCCAGGCCAUUAACAAUAAUGGAACUCCGAAGCACCUCCUGUUGGAGCCGGAGGUACUACAUGUGUUGGCGCCUCCCUUCGUUAGCAAACCGCAAGCUGAAAACGAAUUAGUAAGGUCACAUGGGAGGAGGAGGCGCUCCUUUCUCAGGAAGAAGAGGGAACAGCCUCCUUCAGUUGCAGCAACUCCCAGCCAAGCCCAUCAUAUUUCUGCAGACGGAAGAGGAGGAAGCGUAGAAGUGAUUGUUCCUAAAGACAUCGACCUCAUGGCUUUACCACAGCUCUGCUUUCCGGGUGGGCUCCAAGUAACCAAAGAAGAGAAAGAUGAACAGUUCCACUUCCUGGUUUUCACUGAUGUCUUUGGCAACAAGACGCAUGGAGUAGUAAUGCAGUAUUACCGACCAAUACUGGAAGAGGUAUCGUUCUUCCAGAACCACGGGUCCUUUAAGUUUUCUAAACUUUUCUCUGCCUACAGUUUCUGUGUCAUAUCCAAAUACCCUUACUUCACUGCACUCAAAGACUGUCUGUCAUGUCUGUUAAUCCAGCUGAGAACUUGUCGUUUAUCAGACAUGGAGGAGAGAGUGAAGGAGUUUGCAGCCAAGCUGGCAUUAGUGCCUAUCCCCCCUCCUGGACAGCUACAUUUGAUGUUUACUUUGCGUCCUCUGACCAUUGUAUUACCAUCCCAAGAAGACAAGGACCACCCAGCUAUAGAUUUAGACCUUCAUCUCCCGUUCUUCUGCUUCAGGCCACAGCAACUACUCCAGGUGCUAUCUUGUCUCCUGCAGGAACAGCGGGUGGUGUUAUUUUCUGCUGACUGGGCCAGACUCACGCUGGUGGCAGAGAGCUUGUUGCUUUUUUUGCAGCCUCUGUCAUGGCAGCAGCCAUAUGUUCCUGUCCUGGCCAGAGGCAUGCUGGACUUCCUCAUGGCUCCUACUGCUUUCCUCAUGGGCUGCCAUCUGAGCCACUUUGAGGAGGUUGCUGCUGAAACAGAUGAUCUGAUUCUAAUCAACAUUGAUAACGGAAGUGUUUCCACUUCUUGUUCUGAGAUUGUUGACCUACCAGAGAUUCCCCCAGCUGCUGCAGACUGCUUCACACAGAGGUGUCUGUCACUGAAGAUACAUUUUGACCUAUAUCAGUGCUGCCAUGCAAGCUGCACUGACAUCAGUGAGCAGCGAGCACAGAGAAGAACAUGGCAACACAACCUCAACCAUGAAAUCCAGAGGAUCACACUGGAACUGAUUGUCAACAUAUUCAGGGAUGUCAGCUGUCAUCUGAACUAUGAACAUCGGGUGUUUAACAGUGAGGAGUUCCUGAAAACCAGAGAGCCAGCUGAACAGCUGUUUUACAAGAUGGUGUUGGAGACACACAUUUUCCAUUCAUUCCUCAAGGAUCGUCUCAACAGGAAAAUGGACAACUUUGCCCGAAUGGAACUUAGUACUCGUUCUGAAAUGCAGAAGAUGAAGGGUAUGGUUGAAAUCCCACGCAGACCCACCAUGCAGGAGAUUCAAGCCCGGAGGAAGAGCUCUUUUACAGAGAGCAGGCUGAGUAAGAGAUUGGGGACGAGCCUUCCAAACCUCGGGGAUGACCAAACUAUCAGCUUCCAAAAAAACACACUGCUGACCGGGAUCGUCAUAUCUGACCCCGCAGUGAGAACUCUCCCUAAGCCGGUAAAUGUGUUUAAGCUCCCAGAUUUCCCAGCCUCUCUGUCCUUCCACUCUGUCCAAAGUUACUACAGCGAGCUGAUCCAGCAGCUUGGCAAGGCCAUCUUCUCUGUCCAAAAUGAGAACCCCACCCUGUUGGCCAGAUUCUACUACUUGCGCGGUUUCAUCAACACAUUGUGUUCACGACGGCUGGACGCUCUUGCUGACUUUCAGAACCUCUACAAGACCGACACCGCCAUCUUCCCAACACAGCUGGUCACAUGGCUCAUGGAUUCACUGCACCGAGAUGAGAGACAGCAAGCGGACAGGCGACCUGAACUCAAGAGACUCAUCCUCAAGGUGAAGACGGAGAAUGAGAAGCUGUUGGUGCGGCCUGAUGACCACGUCAAGAAGUUUAAGCUACCACGAAAGCAUCUGCAUCAGGAAGAGUUUGUGCGUUGUGUCCAGGAGUGUGGGAUUGUUAAGGAUGUAGCCACCAUACACCGUUUAUUUGAUGCUCUGACUGAUGGCCAGCCAAAAAAGGUGGACCCUGAACUCUUCAAAGUUUUCUACACCUUCUGGAAGGAGAUGGAGAUCGAGGCACAAGAUGUCAACUUGCCCUCUGGGGUUAUAGACCAUCUUGAUAACAGCGAGUGUGUUUACAAGUUGUCGUCAUGUGUCAAGACCUCAUAUGGCGUUGGUAAAAUUGCCAUGACGCAGAAACGUCUGUUCUUGCUUACUGAGGGACGACCGGGCUUCCUGGACAUAACAAAGUUCAGGGACAUACAGGAGGUGAAGAUUGCUUCAGCUCCCUUUCUACUUCUUCGUAUCCCUUCACUUCGUAUCCAGACGUCCCGCAGGCCUGAGGUGUUUGAGGCCAACCUGAAGACAGAGACUGAACUCUGGAACCUCGUGGUGAAAGAGAUGUGGGCUGGACGCAAGAUGGCCGACCAACACAAGGAUCCUCAGUACAUGACUCAAGCUCUGACCAACGUCCUAUUGAUGGAUGCUGUCACGGGCUGCCUGCAGACCCAGAGGUCCAUCAUUGCUGCCUCAAAGCUGGCCUACUUUGACAAGAUCAAACAUGAAGUGCCUAUGAUGGUGCCUAAAACUACCUCAGAGACUCUAAAACACAAAAUCAACCCGUCACUGGACCUGGCUGAACCUCAGACUGUACAUGUCCUUCUAUACACACCAGGUCACUUGACUUACAAUGACUCAGGGGGUAUGAUGAACCCGAAGCUGUGGGUGGCUCUCAGUGGGGGCAAAGUAGUUGUGUUCGAUGCAGCUAGCUGGUCCAUGCUGCAGGACUGCAUCCAGGUCGGAGAGUCACAGCUGAACUGCAUGCUGGGAUUGGUCCAGGAGCAGGUGUGGAUUGGCUCUCAGGACUCGGUAAUCUACAUCAUUGACACUCACAGCAUGUCCUGCAACAAACAGCUGACUGAACACAGACAUGAAGUGACUGGACUCACUAUGGACACCAGAGAUCAACACAGCAGUCAGCAGACAUAUUCCUGCAGCUGCGAUGGGACGAUUCUGCAGUGGGACUCAGCCAGUCUCAAAGUAAAGCGACAGUUCUACCUCAGCUGUGACCGUCUCUCUUCUAUACAGAUCCAUAAUGGCACACUGUGGUGCUGUUGUGGUGACAGCAUUAUGGAACUAAAAAAGAGUGGGACACCACAAAAAAGGAUAGCGCUUCCUGACGACUUCCAGAGCAUGUCCAGUAGCUUCAGCUGCUUCAUAGUCAUCCCAGAGCGAGGUCAGUUGUGGACGGGCUGUGCAGACUCAGGUGAGCUGUGUCUCUGGCACACUAACAACCACAGACAUCCAUCCAAGAGAAUCUCCCUGCCGGGCAGUUCAGGGGUCACCUGUAUGAUUCGCGUCAAAGACCAGCUCUGGGUGGGCUGUCGUGGCCGGGCUGGUGUCGGAGGUCAGUGCGAUGGUCAGCUGAGAAGUCAGGUGAUGGUGAUGGACCCAGAGAGCCACACUGUGGCAAAGGAGCUGCAGGCCCAUUCGGACAGCAUCCAGACGCUCUGCUCUGCCGAAGAUCGCUAUGUCCUGAGUGGCUCUGCACGCCGUGAUGGCAAGAUUGCCAUCUGGAAAGUGGAGUAGAGUGCAAAGACAGAAAAGAGGACAAAAUGUUGAAGAGUGAAAAUGAAAAAUGAAUGGACCGGUAGAGGUGCAACGCACAAAAUGGUAAAAGCCCUUAAAGAAUAACAUUUUGAGACUUUUAAGGAAGAAAAAGCCCUUAAACAAAAUUUAGACUAUAUGUGAAAGUGAUUUGGUUUCUGACACUGGUCCUGAAAUAUGAAGAGCAGCUCUUUUUCUUCUUGGAAACAAACCUUCUAAGCAUGAGAUGUGAAAAAGGUUGUCUGUGCCUUUUGUUGUGUUCCGUUUUACAAAGUUUAUUUAGUCUAGAUGUCAGCACCAGUAAGAUAUUGAAAUGUCACAAUAUAAUUGUCAUUCAUGUUUUGAUAUUAAGCGUUUAUAAUAAAUUACAUUUCCAUGUAU